AUGACCAACGGUAUUGGUGGUCCAAUAGAAUUUGUGAUUAAAAAUGCGACCAGUACGCCUGUCUCAGAAUGGUCGUAUAUGGGAUUUUUAGAAGCACUGAAAACUAAUUGUGUCUCUGAAGUUCGUUCGCUGGCUGACCAAAAAUCUAUAUGGAGGAAACGAUAUCUUACAUAUUUAAGUAACGUUCUUAUCGAGGAACAGGAUGGUAUUAAUAAAGAGCGUGUAACUUUUCUGAUUCAACAG